UACCCCGGUACACGUGAUAGAGGGGACGCGCACGCGCGGUUGGAGUUUUUCCCACCCCUCUUUUUUCAGGUUAUCAUGGCGGCUGGAGGGGCUCAUGCUGGAAUAGGAAAACCUGCCUCCCUGUUACAGGACUGGGAAUGGGAAAACGCGGCCAGACAGGCGGCGGAAGGAGUAAAGGCUGGGACAUGCUCCAUCUUAGAUGUUGUGGAAACCUUGGGAUCCCCUCUUAAGAAUGAAGAUCCUCAAGUGCGGGCCCAGGGCAUUCAAGUGCUCUCUGAGGUCCUCCUACAGUGUUACUCCCUCCUCCAAGAGCAGGAAGUGACCCACCUUGUCUUGUUCUAUGAGAAUCGUCUGAAAGAUAAUCACCUUGUUAUUCCUUCUGUGCUGCAGGGACUGAAUGCUUUGAGCAAGUGUGUAGUGCUAGCUCCAGGACUGGCAGUGUCUGUUCUCAAAGCUAUCUUCCAGGAGGUUCAUGUUCAGUCUUUGCUACAGUUGGAUCGCCAUAGAGUCUACAGUAUCAUCACUAACUUCAUGAGCAACCAAGAGGCGGAGUUAAAAAGUUUGGGUGCUGAUUUCACCUUGGGCUUCAUCCAGGUGAUGGAUGGAGAGAAGGACCCACGCAACCUGUUAAUAGCCUUCCAGAUUGUUCGAGACAUCAUUGUAAAGGGCUAUGCACUAGGACCCUUUGCAGAAGAGCUGUUUGAGGUGACUUCCUGCUACUUCCCUAUUGACUUUACACCUCCCCCCAAUGAUCCUCAUGGAAUCCAAAGAGAAGACCUGAUUUUCAGUCUGCGGGCAGUGCUGACCUCUACCUCUGUUUUUGCUGAAUUCCUACUGCCAUUGCUCAUUGAGAAAAUAGACUCUGAUGUGCAAAGUGCCAAGCUGGAUUCCCUGCAAACCCUGACUGCUGCUUGCAAGAUCUAUGGGCAUAAAGAACUGAAGGAAUUCCUCCCUAGCCUCUGGUCAUCCUUACGCACAGAAGUGUUCCAGACAGCAAGUGAGAAGAUAGAAGCAGAAUGCUUGUCUGCUUUGCGAGCUCUGUCAGCAUGUCUGUCCCGUUUGGUGCUUGGAUCUGAUGAUGAGGAUCUUCUGGAUUCCUUCCUUAGAGGGGUUCUGCAAGAUUGCAGACACCAUCUAUGUGAGCCUGACAUGAAACUGGUAUGGCCAAGUGCCAAGCUCUUGCAGGCAGCUGCAGGAGCUUCUUUGCGGGCUUAUUACCAGGUCACAAGCAGCAUACUUCCUUUGCUGUUGGAACAGUACGCCAAGCAUGAGCAGAGUAGUCAGCACAGGACAGUCUUGGAGGUGUUGCUUGGUUUCUUGGAGCUACGGCAAAUGUGGGGCCCUGAGGAGGAAGACAAAAGUCCUCUGCUUUCUUGCAAAGACUCUCUGUGUUCUACAGUGUUUUCUGCCCUUACCGAGCCCAAUAUUCAACUUCAGUUGAUUGGGAUCCAGGUUCUGACGUUUCUAGGAUCUCUUCAAGAGCUUCUGGACCUUGCAGAUGUGGAAAAGCUUGCCGAUCGCUUUGCACAGUUCAUCCUGCAUGGAAAGGAUUCCCAGAUCAGUUUGGCAGCUAUGGAUGCUGCUGGCACCCUUGCUCCUGUCUACCCAGAGGUCUUCAGCAAGUGUUUGGUUCGGAAGCUUUCAGAAGCAUUGGAGUCAGAACUUCAGGAGGACGGUAGUUCAUCCCAUCAGAAACAUCUCCGAGCUCUGGCAGCAGUGUCCACCCAUCCUGGUAUUGUAAGGGAAACCAUUCCUAUCCUCUUGCAGCACCUCCAGAAGAUUCAGAAAGGCAAAAUGCCAGCAAACAAUCAUUCAGUGGUAUCUGUGUGCCACGGUUUGCAGCAGGUUGCCCUGCAGUGCCAGGAAAGUGCUCAGACAUAUUGGUACUUCCAUCAGGCUGUGGUUCCCUGCUUGCUAGGCUUAGCAGUGCAGGCUGCUUUGCAAGAAAAUUCCCACACAACACCAGACAAAGUUCUGUUGACAGAAGAAGCUUUAUCAUCCAUGGUAUCGGUCAUCAGCGCUGCCUGCACGCACUUAAGCCCAGAGUUGGCUUCCCCGAGUGUGUCCAAAGUGGUAUCCCUCUUCCUAGAUGGAGAACUUUCCUUCUUGCCUGGAAACAAUUAUCCCAGCCCUUUCCAGCCCUUUCAGGAUGGACCAUGUCCAGGGGCAGCCCAAAGAAGACUUGUUGCUCUCCUUAUGGCCUUUGUAUGCUCACUGCCAAAAACAGUGGCAAUUCCUCAGCAGGAUCGGUUGUUGCAUGAGUUACUAGCUCUUAGCUGCACCUGUGACUGCCCGUUCACUGCUACAGCUGCUGCCAAAUGCUUCGCAGGAUUGAUUAACAAAUACCCAGAAGGGCCACACUUAGAUCAGCUCUUGGAAACAGCCAUAAAAAUGCUGGAGCAAGGCUUGAAUGAAGGUCCCUGUCAACACCAGGCCCUCACUCUGCUGUUGUGGGUGAGUAAAGCUUUGUUGCUACGCUACCACCCAUUAAUCACACAGCUGACUGACAAGCUACUCCAGCUUUUGGGGGACACUGUUCUUGGCCCUGCAGUGGGAGAUGGCUUUGCCUUGCUCAUGGCUGAUUCUGCAGAUGUAUUGGGCAAGAGCUGUCAUGCUGAGGUGCGCCUCAUGUUCCGCCAGCGUUUCUUCACAGAUUGUGUGCCACAGCUGGUGCAAAGUUUCCACAUAGCCACUCCUGAUGUGAAACCAAAUUACCUGAAAGGCCUGUCUCACAUACUGAAUCACCUGCCCAAGCCGGUGCUUGUGACAGAGCUGCCUACAUUGCUGCCUCUGUUGCUGGAGUCUCUGUCAUGUCCUGACCAUGUGGUCCAGCUUUCAACUUUACAUUGUCUAAAGCCAUUGCUACUUGAUGCCCCUCAUGUUAUGCAUCUCCACAUUGACACACUUGUGGGCAAGUUUCUUAACCUAACAGACAAUCGUGCCAUGGCAAUCCGUAUUGCUGCACUUCAGUGCCUCCAUGCACUUGCCUCCUUACCUACCCCAGUGGUGAUCCCCUUCAAGCCACGAGUCAUUCGAGCAUUGGCCAAGCCUUUGGAUGACAAGAAGCGCCUUGUACGUAAAGAAGCUGUUGUAGCACGGGGAGAAUGGUUUUUGCUUGGAACACCUGGCAGGUGAAACGUCGCUCUGUGAAUCCUGACUGACAAUCUUAAGUGAUGUUUGCCUUGGACCAAUUUUCUUGCAGUUCAGCAAAGCUUUGGACAAAAGUGAAGGAGUUUCCUUCUUUUUUAGGCAUGGACUGCCCUUUCUAUAGGCUGCUGGAAUCCUAACCACAGUGGUUGCAACCAACAAGCCCCACUUUUUACUGCAGUGCAGUAAGGCAUAGAGAUAGCAGAAUCUCCUGCAUGCAACAUAUGGGGUUAGAAGAAUAAAUAACCUAUUUGUUGACAGCUUCUGGAGAAGAUGCCUCUUACAGGAAAGAAGUGAACAGGCAUAGUGAGUUCACUUCUGCGAUUCUUCAUCAUGCUGCUUGAGUGAUGGGUUUUUACAUUCUAAUUUAGUGGUAUAAAAAUUAACCACUAGAAACCAUAGCUAGUAUCUACUAUAUGAGUUCCAGCAAUUUUCAUCUAUAGACCUUUUUACCAACUGAAAAACACAUGUAGCCAUGAGCAAAAUAAAUUAGAAUUUACAGAAAUUAUAAAAUAUUCAGAAGUAUUCUAAAUACAAAUGGUAAGAACUAUUGAAAGGGUUAUUUAGAAAGUCUUUUAGCUGUCUUGGAUAGUUAUGUUUGAGAAAAUACAAACUGGUGAAAGCAAGGGUAGACUCAUUUAGAGUGCUGAGAACAUUUUACAAUAUGGUUGGUUAACAAUAGGAAUGCGGCAUUCUAUAAAACAGUUUACCAGAAAUAGGUUGCUACUUGCUAUCCCAUUGCUAUUCCUGCUUAACUUUUUUUUUUUUUUUUGGUAGUAUGAUGAAUGCUUCAGAAGUGCUGGGCUGCAGUUACUCGCCAUUUUUUUUCUCUAAGAAUACCUUUGGAGCUGAGAAGUAUUACAGAAACAAAAAUGACUAAGUAUGUUGCUGUAAGCUAGCCUUCAAUUUAAUUAUUUUAAUAAAAAAUACCUGAAAUAAACUAAAUAAAGCAGGGAGGAUGCUAAGGGAAGUAUGAGUACAAUAUCACCUACUACACUGAUUUGUACUGUUCCAAGCUAGCUAGUUCAAUUUUUAGAACAUCAGGAUGAAACUGUUUAGAUGUAAAAUUGGCAACAUCUAAUUCUUAUUUAUUAGUGCUGUUUUUAUAAACAUUUCCUAUUCAGUCUAGUUUUUAAAAAGCCUUACCUGUGGAAUACUUCCCUACUGUAAAAGACACUGUUACAGAAACAGAAGGCAGCAGGGUUUCCCUGAUUUAGUAAUGUUGAAGAACAACUUAUAAAUGAAUAUAGCAGAACUGCAACAGAAAAUGGGUAAUAUAGGCCUGCACAGUGAUCAGGAUAGUAUAUACUACUGUAUUAGGAAAAAGCUGCACUUCACAAAAGGUGACAAGAGGUUCACUAUUGCUGUCUACUCUUUUAAGAUAUUGGAAUAUAAGGCCCGGAAGGACUGCUGAAAAGUUCUAUUUUAAAAGAUCACAACAUUUCAACUACAAUUUUUUUUUUUUUUUUACUUACAAUAGAUUUUGGGUGCUCUGUUCAUUCAAUAUAGAUCAAUUGAUAAAUUGUGGGGCUCCAGGCUUAAACACUUGA